AUGAGCGAAUCGAGCUCGAAGUCCAGCCAGCCCUUGGCCUCCAAGCAGGAAAAGGACGGUACUGAGAAACGAGGGCGGGGCAGGCCACGCAAGCAGCCUCCGGUGAGUCCCGGGACAGCGCUGGUAGGGAGUCAGAAGGAGCCCAGUGAAGUGCCAACACCUAAGAGACCUCGGGGCCGACCAAAGGGGAGCAAAAACAAGGGUGCCGCCAAGACCCGGAAAACCACCACAGCUCCAGGGAGGAAACCGAGGGGCAGACCCAAAAAGCUGGAGAAGGAGGAAGAAGAGGGCAUUUCGCAGGAGUCCUCAGAGGAGGAGCAGUGA